CGCGCUUUGGCUCCGCCCCCGCGCGCUCUCCUGAGGCUGCGAUGUGAGCGUUACAGUGCAGGUAGAUGCUCGUCAGUACCUCACACCUCCUGUCCGCUCCGGGAGUCAGUUUGUGAAACUUGAGCCACAAUGGGUCGGAAGGAGAUCGACUGCAGCUGGAAGAAAAUCACCACCAACAUUAAGGACAUUUUCGACUUCAAGGAAGUUCUGGGGUCGGGUUCGUUUUCUGAGGUUUACCUGGUAAGAGAGAGAAAGACCGGGAAUUUCUAUGCCCUAAAGUGUGUGAAGAAGAAACAGCUGCACCACUCAAACCUCGAGAACGAGAUCAAAGUGCUGAGGAGCAUAAAGCAUGAUAAUGUGGUGGGACUGGAAGAUUUCUACGAAACGAGAACACACUAUUACCUGGUCAUGGAGCUGGUGUCGGGCGGAGAGCUCUUCGACCGUAUUCUGGAUCGAGGUGUUUACACGGAAAAAGACGCCAGCCGUGUGAUCAAACAGGUCCUGGAGGCCGUUUCCUACUUGCAUCAGAAAAGCAUCGUCCACAGAGACCUGAAGCCUGAGAACCUGCUGUACUACAGUCCAGACGAGAACGCCAAGAUCAUGAUCAGCGACUUCGGCUUGUCCAAGAUGGCCGACCACGACGUGAUGUCCACAGCCUGUGGGACACCAGGAUAUGUCGCUCCAGAGGUUCUGGCUCAGAAACCGUACAGUAAAGCUGUGGACUGCUGGUCUAUCGGCGUCAUAACCUACAUCUUGUUGAGUGGCUACCCACCAUUUUACGAGGAAAAUGAAACACGCCUGUUCUCCAAAAUCAUGAAGGCAGAAUAUGCGUUCCACUCACCAUACUGGGACGACAUCUCUGAGUCAGCGAAGGACUUCAUCAGACACAUGCUGGAGAAAAACCCUAGUAAACGCUUCACCACCGAGCAAGCGCUCAGUCAUCCAUGGAUCAGUGGAAACACGGCGCACAAUGACAACAUCAUUCAUUCGGUCUGUGAGCAGAUCCAGAAGAACUUUGCCAAAUCCAAAUGGAAGCGGGUCAUUAAUGCGACGGUGGUGGUCAGUCACAUGCGGCGGCUCCAGCUGGCACACGCUGACCCUGCACCCCCGCCCCCGACCCCACUCAUCCAGGUGCUGGACGUCUCGUCUUCUGGCCCGCCCCCCAGCGAGUUGGACACCAAUGGGAACCCCUCGUGCAGUCACAUGACCCUGUCGCCACAGGCUGAUGUCAGCAGGGGGCGUGGCCCACUCAAAGCCUGCAACAGCGAGCCGAUGCACGCACUAGUCAUCUGUGAGACGGGGCAACACGUGUAUCGCUCCGAAUCGGACUUGCCCUGCGCCGCCAACAGAUCGGACAGAGUGACACAUUGCACAGAUGAGCAGGGCCAGUCCAUGCAGACGGGGGUUUGCUCUGUGAUGUAAUCAUGUGAUUGACAGCCGUCUGUCAAAUCAAAUCCUGCGCUCGUAGGAUCAUCAAGUGUGUGUUUUUCACGGGCGGCUCGGGAUCCGUCGCACGUCGCAUCCACACGAGUGCCAAUUGCACACACAUCUGCAUCUCAAAUCUUCAUGUCUCACUAGCAAAAGUGUCAUUUUGAGGAGAUCGAGAAUGUCAUUUCUCUCAGGAAUUCAGGAUGAGGCUGGUUUAUUGUAUUUUCAUCUGUAUAUUAACGUACGAUAGUCGUAUUUGGGCUGAUGGCGGUGCUUCAUGGGAAGGGGCGGAUCACAUGUGCCACUGUUCUACUGUGAACGGCUGCAGAUUUGACUGUUUUUAAGCUGAGGACUGUGUUUAAAUCUUAUUUUCUUAUUUUUAACACAUACUCGCUGUUGUUAUAUCUAUAUUUAUGUUUUAUAUAUGCAUAUAAGAUGAUUUUAUCUGUUUUUCAGGGGCUUUUUAAGCAAAGCCCUGCUGUAAUCCAUAAAUACGCUGCUGUAUGUCUGUAUCAAAAAACUAAAUAAA